GCUCAGUCCUGUUUUAGACAUCGCUCUGUUUGGUGGCUGUAUUGUAAUACGACCGUGUGUAGUAAACUGCGUGGCGUUUUCCGUAAAGUGGGGGGAAUAAGUCUAUCGAGUAUCGGCGGCUUGUCAUCGUCAAAGCAAAAGCUCUGCUACUAUUGAUCAGUGUGAUUUAUAACAGUGGGUAAUAUCAUAUCCAACAGUUCAUAAAAAAACUACAGGUGGCAAACUUGAAGUGUCAAUCGUCCCUAGGAUCCAGUGUGUACGUGCAUUAUUUGGUGAUAAAUUUUCUCUCGAUUGUUGUAAGACACAUUUUCGCUCGACAAAAUGUUGAUUGGAUUAGUACGAGACUCCGUGAUGCAGUGCUUCUGCCACACGUGUCGAGCCCCUGUGCUGCCGGCAGUCAAUCGACGAUCUGCUCCAACAAAAAAGCCGACCAAAACUCGCACCAAACAGCCAAAAGCGUCCAAAAAAGUAAAGUUCAUAACUACUGAAAUCCGUUGCCAGGAAAAAUCGAAAGGUGGCCUGUGCUACGAGGUCAUUCUUGCGGAACCGGCCGUAAACGUGGCACUUCCAAAACUGCCGCCAACGCAGGGAAAAAAUGUUUCCGCUGAGGAAAUUGAGGAGAAGCUAAAGGCUGCAGAGGAGCGCAGACUGUCGCUGGAGGCAAAAAAGAUGGCUGACUGGUCGGCAAAGAUGGCCAAAAUCGAGGAGGCAUCUCGCAAAAAGGAUGAGCUGGACAAGGAAUUCAAAACACACGCCAAGGAGGUGCUGCAUACCAAAAUGGAACAGUACGAGGAAAAGCGGGUACAGCAACUAUCAGAAAUUAAGGAAAAACUAAAGACUCACGCAGCCGAUAUCGAGAAAACGCGACAGAGCUUGGAGCAACAGAAGGUUGAGGAGUUGCAGAAGCAUCUCGAGGAUAAGCUACGAAAUGCUGCCACACUGCGUGACGAUAACAUCAAGAAAAUUUUGGAUCGACUAAAGGAACACAACACUGAUAAGUUGAACGAAGUCCGCGCAACCAUCGACCAGAUCGAAGCACUAAAAACCACCGAAAAGACGCGUAUCAUCGAAAACAAGCUGUCCACUGCCGAGCAAAACCGCGAAAAGGAGCUCCAGAAGAAAUUGGAAAACAUUCGCAAGCACGAAAGACGUGCGGAAUUGGUCCGUCAAAAUAAGGCGGCUCUCGCUCAAAAGACCGAUGUCACGGCUUCGUCCGGUUAAAUUAUGGAGUGAACUAAAAAGCGAAAAAAACUCCAAGAGCUAAACGGACAAGGAUAAGAAGUUUUGCAUGAAUUGUGUGUGUGUGUAAAGGAGGAGUGCAAGAAGAAAUAGCAUGUCAUAAAAUGUCUUACCCUAUAUUCCAGUUUUGUUUUCCAUUCUAAAGCGAUUCGUGAUUGAUUUUGGAUUUAUGCUAAUAGAAGACCAACUUAAAUUUAAAAAGCAAAUGCAAAAUGAAAUAAAGAUGCUAUCCCCCGAGUGUGUGAUGAUGAUAAAAUAGUGGCAACCAAUUACGAAAUGCCAAUGAUGGGUGGAAACAAGAACCAACUGAACAAGAUUAUCAGAUAGCCGUGUCUAACACUUAGCAUAUAAAACAAGUGUAACGCAAAUCUGCUAUUGUACUAACCGUUGCGCAUUGACCCAGGUAGAUAGUUAGAUAACGAACAUCAUCAUCUUUAUGAUAUGUAUGCAGGAGGAAUGAUAAAACCCACAGCCACAAUGCUGCAUUUUUUUUUAAAUUUUUCUUAAAUGUAUUAUACUUUUUACAAAAGUGAGCCCAUUUAUAAGAUGUGUGUGAAAGAUAAGCGCUAGCGCAACCGGAAGUGAAUAGGUACACUAAAAGGUACUAAAAAAUGAGCACAAAACAGUGAAAACAGACUAUCUAAAGAUGGAUUUACAAUUGCUCUUGCAUGUGUGCGCAGGAUUAUUUUUUAAAAAGAUCGACGUAUAAAGAAGAUUGUUUCAGAAAGGAAAAGAAAUCAUGAUCUGGAAUCAGAAUUUCUAAGAAUUGCAUGCAUUUGAGUGAACAAUAUUUUCCAUUUUAAGCUUUUUAUGAUACAAAGAAUAAAAUCAAUCGUGUUUGAAUAUGUUGAAUUUCAUUUUUUUAAACCUUCUAAAUUCGCGGAGGAACUGGAGCGCAACUAACACCUACAAGCACUUACAUAAGCAGUUAAAAACGAUACUAACCGGAAGCGUAGUAAUAAUAGUGCAAGCAAAAAGGAAGCUAAAUAAACACAACAUUUAAAUGAAACAAA